AAUGGCUGCCUACAGCGCAAUUUCUGAUUCUGAAGUCCAUUGACACUGGUGUUGUCGCCUGUGUAAUUUUGUCAAGUCAAAGUAGUUGUCCCUGCUUCUGUUGCUUUUGGCAUUAACAAAAGAUACACACAAUGGGUGAUCGUUUGAAGGAGAUGCGACAGAGGUCGCAAAAACGGAAAGAAUUACUCGCCCAAGUGUAUGGAAUUGAAAAUCCCAACAACCUGAAGUCUGUGCUCAAAACACAUGAUGAAAUAAAAGUUCCUGAGAAGAAGGAAAAGUUAAGUUCUUUCCAAGGAGGUACAGCAGCAUCUUCAUCUACGACCCCAGUCCCUUCAGCGUUUUCUCCCUUAGACCAAAAGACCACGAGAGAGAGGGACUCAGGACAGACUGCUGAAGACUUUGAACCAGAUGAAAUCUACACAGACUCAAGUGCAUUUUUAAAGGGUACUCAAAGCGCAAAUCCGCACAACGACUACUGCCAGCAUUUUGUCGACACAGGAGAGAGACCGCAGAAUUUUAUACGAGAUGUUGGUUUAGCAAACAGGUUUGAGGAGUACCCGAAACUGAGAGAGCUGAUUCGACUCAAGGAUGAACUUAUAGCAAAGACAAGUACUCCGCCCAUGUAUCUACAAGCAGACUUGGAGACGUUUGACCUCCGUGACCUCAACUGUGAGUUUGACGUGAUCCUGGUGGAACCGCCGCUAGAGGAGUACCAGCGCACACAGGGGGCUGUGUUUGACAAGUACUGGGACUGGGAUGAGAUUGAAUCCCUGGACAUUCCUUCUGUGGCUGCUCAGCGGUCCUUUCUGUGGAUCUGGUGCGGGAACGCUGAAGGCCUCGAACGUGGCCGAGCGUGUCUGAAGAGAUGGGGUUUCCGGCGGUGUGAAGACAUCUGUUGGAUCAAAACCAACAUCAAGAAUCCGGGACACAACAAGAACUUGGAGCCCAACGCCAUCUUACAGAGAUCAAAGGAGCACUGCCUUAUGGGGAUCAAAGGGACUGUAAAACGCAGCACAGACGGCGACUUCAUCCACGCCAACGUUGACAUUGAUCUGAUCAUCGAGGAAGAGCCGCAGUACGGGACCAAGGACAAGCCGGUGGAAAUCUUUCACAUCAUCGAACAUUUCUGCCUGGGUCGUAGACGCCUGCACCUGUUCGGCCGCGACACCACCAUCAGGCCAGGUUGGCUCUCCGUGGGUCCUGGCCUGACCAGCUCCAACUUUGACGCCGAAGCCUACGCCAAUUUCUUCGACACGAACCCCGAGGCCCAUUUGACGGGCUGCACGGAGGAGGUGGAGAGACUCCGGCCCAAGUCGCCCACGCCCAAGAGCAAACAGUCUUCCUCCAACGAGAGGGGGGCGAGGGGCGGGAGGGGGAGGGGGGCUGCCUCGGGGGGGAUGGGGAUGGGGGGACCCGGGAGGGGAGGGAUGAGGAGCGGGAUGUCCAGGGGGGGACCUCCGGGGAGAGGGGCCCCGAGUGGGAGGUUCAGGGGGCGGGGAGGGUUCAAACCCAGGGGUAUGAGAGACGACAUGAGGUGAACAACGUCUGCUGGGCGGCUCAAGGGAGGUUUUUACUUUUGCCUUUUUCUAUGAAAUGUUUCUUCUUCUUUUUUUUAAAUACAGUCCGCGCCGGCUUUAAGCACGGUCAUCGGGAAAAAGCUGAAG